CGCAGCUAGCCGCCCACUCUACUCCCGAUCACACAGGUUCUCAAUCGACCUUCGCUCGCCCAGCAUUAUUCUGUGAAGACGAUGUCUGGCAGGAGGUCGCGCGGCUCCGUGUCGGAGGAGGAGAUCAACGAGCUCAUCUCCAGGCUCCAGACCCUGCUCCCCACGACGCGCCGCCGCGGCAGCAGCAGCAGCCAGGCGUCGACGACGAAAAUGCUCAAGGAGACAUGCAGCUACAUCAAGAGCCUGCACAGGGAAGUGGACGACCUCAGCGACCGCCUCUCCGACCUCAUGUCCACCAUGGACAACAACAGCCCCGCCGCCGAGAUCAUCCGCAGCCUCCUCCGCUAGCUAGCCAGCUACAUGGCUACUCAUCGUCGUCAACCACACACAUCGGCUGAUUGUCCUAAGCUAGUUCAUCAUCCGCGUACAUCUCGUGCAUGCCUAGCUAAUAUCUAUAUAUACAUACAGUAUAUAUGUCUCAGUCGAUCUCUGCAAGGCAUAUAUAUAUAUA